UUCAUAGAUUGGGGGAGGUAGUACUUCUGGAAAACUUUCCCUGUCAAGUCUUGUUUCAAUAAAAUGUAACUUGCGGAGUGACGGACUUCGUUUCGAAAUCUCGGAGAUGUGCUGUCAUUUCUGAUGAAGGCUGUUUCUGAAUUUAAAUAAUUAUUGAGACAGAACGGUUUGAUUUUUUAAGAAGAGAAAUUAUUAAGUAAUAAUGUCCAACAAACAGGGGCGUAAAAAACUCCUCAAAUUACCUUGUCCGACGUUGCUUUGUUGUGCUCGUCUCUGGUCUUUGUCUUAUGUGUCUGCCUCUGACCAAAAGGUGAACGGGAAAGAGUUGUCGAAGAACAGACACGAGGAGCUGGUGCGUGCGACCAUGGAACCCACUUCCCCUUCAGUGUACUGCGACAGCUGUACUCAGACCGAGUGGACGGGUGGUUGGGAGUCCCCGCCCAUCGGCCUCUUUCCCUUCAGCCAGAACAAUCUCAUGCAUUUCGGCAACGAAGACCACCACUAUGAGACCCUGGAAGAGGCCUUCGGACAUGACGAUGAGAUGGGAGCCUGCGAACUGGAAUAUGAGGAAGUGACAUUAUAUCGAAGCCACUGUGAAGAAAAAUUGGGCCUGACUCUAUGUUACGCCUCUCCAGAUGAUCCUGAAACUAAUAUAUUUAUAAGCGAGAUUGAGCCUGACAGUUUAGCCUCUAAAGAUGGCAGAAUCAUGGAAGGUGAUCAACUCUUGCAGGUCAAUGGGAUUGAUGUCCGCAAUAGAGAGCAAGCAGUAUCUUUGUUUUCCAGCAAAGAACCAGAAAUUACACUUUUACUAUCUAGACCAAGAAUGCAGGGAGAAGAUGAUGAAGAUGACGAAGAUGAAAAUUUAAGACUCGAAGACUUUUCCAAAGAACUUUACAUGAUUCAACAACGACGCAACAGACCUGAUUUACAAGAAGUGAAAUGUGAGAAUGAAAAAGAAAAUGCUGCUGAAUCUGCCAAAGAACUUGGUUACAAUGGAAGUCGCAUAGUUCUUCCCCAUGGUACAGUUCCUAAUUCUGAAAAUACUUGUCAGUCUUUGAUAUUUAAAAAUGGUGAGCCUGUUUCUGAAAAAUGUGCCAGUACAAGCACGACAAGUUUAUAUGAUAUGAGUCCCGAAAAAAAAUUUUCAAAGCCAAAUCAGAUAGACACAGGACAGCAGCAGCAGUCGGAAGAAGAUUCUAAGGCAAUAUCACGUGUUCAGUCAGAUACAAGUCUAGACAAGGAAAUGGCUGCUCUUAACAAAGAAAUGCAGAGUAUUCAAAUAGAAUGCGAAUCAUUAGUCAGCCGUCACAUUAGAGAACAGUGGUUUAGAUGCCGUGCUGGACAUCAAUAUGUAGCUUUUGGCGAUAUUAGGACACCUACUGUAGAGCCCUCCCAAUCAACAACUACACCGAUUUGCACAAGUAACGAUGCGAAAGAAGGUUCUUCGACUCCUGCUUUACCUGUUCUCCCAAACGAAAAGAGCCUUUUAAAACAUAAGAAGGAAAGCGUUGCACAAUGGGUGAAAAGUGUGGCCUUUGAAAGUAAGCCCAAACCUAAGAGGCUUGGUAACGAGUCUUUGAUGAACUCUUUCACAGGAGAGAUUUCGGCUCGUGGUGCCCCGCUGACCCUUGAGCUUGUUCCUAUACCAGACUGCAACAAUGGAAAAUUUCCUGAAUACGAAGAACCUCAUCAAAAUUUCCCUAAUUCCCCAAAGCUUGUAGAUAAAAGCACACAGUUAUGUGAAAGUGAUGUUGCAAGUGUUGUCAGUUGUGAUACUUGUCGAUAUUGUCAAGUACUUGUGAAUCAAAAAUCCUUGUCCAGGAUCUCAGAUCAAAGUACUCGUUAUAUUCCAACUUUUGAGUACAAUAAUCCACAGCCACAACAGCAAUUUCAGUGGCAGGGUACUUCGAGAGGAAUGAGUAGAACCACAAGCAGCGAUCCUUUCGUUGCUGAACCUAGUAAAUUACCUGUCAAACCAGCAAGUGUUGCUGGUAGGGAUUUUGUAGAUCGUCAAGUGGAAAGGAAUAAGAAUUAUGUAACAUUUUAUCCUUGUGCCACUAUGUACACUAAUCAGGAAAAUCUGCAACAUACCAUAUGGCUUCAACAGCAACUCUUUCGUCAAGCGUUGGCUCAGAAGCAUUACAAAAAGGCUAGUACUAUACCCACUUGCGCUGUACCCAAUCUUAAACAAUGGAAUCAGAAAUACCCUUCAUCUUCAUUGGACAGCUUACCACCUUCCAAAACUACAACUCAUCCUUCCUACGUGCCGACACCCGGUUUAUUAACGACAGAACCCCAAGGAUUAUCUGUUUUGAAAAGCCCUGUUAUUACACCAACCGAAGAACCCAGCGAUGAAACCAAAAUGGAAUGGAAGGUAAAGCGUAGACCCGAUGGAACUAGAUAUAUUACUAGGCGGCCUAUUCGAAAUAAAAUCUUAAAAGAACGGGCGUUGCAAAUCAUGGAAGAACGUUGUGGCAUUACAACAGAUGAUGACGCCGUGAGUGAAUUGAAAAUUGGAAAAUAUUGGUCUCGAGAAGAAAGAAAAAGGCACCUGGAAAGAGCUCGCGAUCGAAAACAGCGUAAAGAGAUCUUGAUGAAAUCCAUCCGAGUGCCCGAACUCCUUGAUAAAAAUGAAGAGGAAGAUGAUUCCAGUCAAGGCAAAAAAGAUCUUAGGAAAAAAACUUGCUUCAGCCGGCGAAAAUGGCGACUGCCAUCGACUCCUUCAUCAACUGUCUUGGACGAUUGUCCUUCAGCAGGACCAAGUGGAACUUUCGGUAUACUGUCAGUGACAACUGUUUGACUGCAUUUUAUGGAACUUGUUGGAUUAGUAGAUUUACGCUUAGAGUAUAAUGCUGUUUCACUCUCAAUAAUUCGAUCAACAACGAGUUCUGCUAGAAUAGUGUAACGGCAAAGAAUCAACGAACCACGGAUUCUGUUAAAUCAUAUCACACUAAAAGGUAGAGUUCCCGCUAGUCACCUUUAUGGAAGAAAUAAAAAAUUAUUUAAAAAUUUUAUCCCGUCCUGCAAGGAAAAUAUCUUGCUUUGUUGCUGCAAUACACGUUCUGACGUCCAAAACGCCGUUCCAUCAAUAGCCAGGAUGAGUUAUCAAAACCUUUAUUUCCUAACAUUUAACGGAAAUUCGCUGCUUUCUGUUUCUGAUUGAUUUGCAUAUUUGAGCCUAUCUUUAUAAAUUAAUUAACUUUAGUUGAAACUUUAUUACCAGGUCCACCAACAAUAGGGGAUUAUUUUAUGAUUAUAAGAUGAGAGGUGUUUAUUGUGGCGAUUGUUCUUGUGUGAAGGAAAUAAGUUUCACUUAAGAAUGUUCUAAUUAAGGAUUGUAAUGCUUAACAUUUAGGGAUAACAAUGUGCAAUCCCGAAAUGAUAAUAAAGAUUAGACGUAAAGAAGUGUUCAGCGUUGGAAAUUCCAUUGAUAUCCAAUAAACACUGUGCUUCAUUCGUCAUUUUUAUUUUCCGUUUAAAAGAAGUUAGAUAGCGCAUUUGCUUCUCAAUAGUGAAGCAUUAAAUAUAAUUCAUCUUUUCUCUUGAAUGGUUGAAUUUCCUUAUAACAUAGUGCUUAUUAAGUUACACUCUACUAGUAAUGCAAUCCUUAAUCAAACGUCCUAUUAUAGGAUCCUUAUUUAACAUCAAAUGUUUCACUCUUACAAGAAGUUAUUCACAUAAUUUAUAAGUGCAAUACAUAGUCAAACAUUUUGCUCUUCAAUUCCUAAAAAAAUUGUUUGUGAUUCGAAGUUACUUUAAAACUGAAAUUACUUUAUGAAUUGCAAAAACUGUUGAUCUUACUUGUCAUUUGAAUUAUGAAGUUUGACUUUAUACUGUAUAUUUUAUUUAAAAAGAAACAAUUUUCCCAAAUUUAUUCUGAAACUAUGUUGACUGUUUUUAUAUACAUAUGCAAGAUGUCCUAAAAAUGUGGAACAAGGGUUUAUUUCCUUAACUGUUCCAACUAAACAUAUACUUCUAAUUACAAAGUUUCAUCAAUUAAGGUACCCAAUUGUAUGAGAAUAGUUUGGCUUCUGUAGAAAGGGAUUGUAAAAAGAAAGAAAAUCAAAUUUUUAUACUGCAGCCAUAGCGAAAAAGUGUCAGAGAGCAAACUGUUUGUUUUUUUCCACGCUUAUUUAUAAGGAUACAAAAUUUCAUGCUUCUAUCUGUGAAAUUUGCUGACAUAUGAAAAGGCAAAAUUAUUGACUUAGACCAUUUUUCAUACUUUUCUCCAGUAUUUGAAGGAGAUCUCCGUUGUUACUUUCAGAUAUAAUAUACAUAUAACGAACGAUUAUCAAAGAGCAGAAUCACAAAACAGUAGCUUUCAUUAAACUUUAAAAAAUGAUUAGAUCCUAUAUUAAUUGAAGUGCAUAGAAACUUGUUCAAAAUGAAGAUCUAUACUUAUACAAAAUGGCCUUCUAUUAGCAAUACUUCCACAUAUACGAUCAAAUUCAUUAUUUCUGACUUAAAGAUAGGUUUUUUGAAAUCGUCGGUACACAGCGUGUGCUGCCAGAACCUAAUCAUCUCUUAGUUCACACAUAAUGUCAAACAAAACUAACUGGUAAAAUAUCGAUCAGCAAUCAACAUACUAUUGAAGCAACCAAAGAGUUUCUAAAAAUGUCACACCACACAUUUAUAGAAAACUGCUACUGAUGAUAAACCACUUUUACGAAGAAUAAAAUUUUACCAUCCACAAAAUGAUAGUUUUUAUUGAUGUUUCUGUCUCGAUUGAAACAACAUUCAUCUGUCCAAACUGCAUUUUUUUAGAAAAGAAGAAUAUUGAUUUUUACCUAAGGUAAUUUUAUUGUAAAAUUCUAGAUGUUGAACGUGUAAGUUGCCCAUGUAACUGUUGAAUCAGUCCAUGGACUCCACGAAUUCUGUACGGAUGCCAGUUAUUACGUAUAAAUGUUCUCUGAAUGUCGGCUUUGGAAUGUUAAGUUCUAAAUCGAUUAUUUAUACAUUAACAUGAGGGUGACUUGAAAAAUAAGCCAAAAUGCCAAUUUCUGUACUAUAUGUGUAAUACGUUAUCCAACCCGUUCAUCCCCAAGAAAAUAAGAGUCCUGCGGUUUGUAAAGUAAAGAUGCGAAAUUAAGAAUCUUCCGCUAAACUGUUCUGUAAACACACUUCCUAGAAGGAUGCAGGGGAAUUCAGAAAACUAUGUUUAUACGCUUCUAUAACUAUGCCAGCAUAACGAUUACAUACAACAUAAAUCGUCAGCAUAUCCAAAAGCUCAUUGCUACUGAAUAUGCCAUUCUUUUAGAAAGCACACAAGUACGAGCGCAGAAUUUUAUUCUUUUGCUCGACAAUCCAGUACUUUUCUGAAAUAUCUUCAAUGUUAUUUUUCUUAGGUUUCUCUUCCUUUCUUGAUGAAAUUGUAUAAUUGUCAUCAAUCGAAAUGAGCAACAUUGUGCAUGUGCAGCAAAUUUCUUUCAGUCACGAUGAUUGAAUGAUGCACAACUAGAUAAAUAUUUACAUUUGACAAUUUUUCUAUAUUCAGUAAAUUUGCUUUUCUGAAAUAAAUGUUUUCAUCUAAAUUUAUGCUAAGUCCGUCUGAAUUUAAAAUUAAGCAUACCCCUCCAUAUUUUGUACAUAUAAACAUGAAACUGUAUGUAAACACAGGAAUGUAAGAGAAACGUUUUACUAGUUGGCACUUUUACAUUAUGGGAGAGGUAUAAAAAAGUUUUUGACUUUUUACUAACCAACUCCACAGAAGCCAUAGUGUUUUCAUAUAAUUGCCCACCUUAUUUAAUGAUAUAUUGAAAUGGGUUAUUUUGUAUUGUUUGAUUCAAUAUUUAGGAAAAUAAAAGCUUGGUCCACUUUUUGGGAACACCAUGUAUAUAUUUUUUUGUAAAUACUUCUUUUGUACACAUUUGAAUGGUAUUUUUAUUGUUAUAUCUUGUUCGGAUUAAUCUUUGCGUUUAUUUAAUAUCCUUUUGUCUAGUCCUUUUAAAUAAGAAAAAUGAAAACUUUCUGAGGUAACUUUCUCCGAAACUUAAUAAAAAUAAACAAAACAUAGCCAAUGUUUCCUGAAUUGACUGGAACAUAUGAUUACUUUAAUUUUCAUGUGAUCUGUCCCUUUGACCAACCAGUUUUAAACUCAGAAAAGAAGAGAUGUUUGAAUAAUCGUUUAUAUUUUUCGCAGUCAAUUUUGUGACUUGGAGUAACCACUGUUGUUGUAUCUCUGUGUAAAUAUAAAUUGUACAUUGAAAUGAUUGUGUUGUUCGAAAACGUUGUAUAUCUCAUUCACACAUUACAUGAGCACGUUUACGAUAUCGGUUCGGGAAAAACAAAUCCAGAUCAAUCGACUGGAGGCACAAUUCUUUAUAGAUUUUUAAUGCUGUUACAGGAAACUUGAAGUUGAAAUAAAAAUUUGCGCUGAUGUUAGACGCUGUUAUGUUGAAUAGUUCUACUGUGCUUAAAAUGUUACCGCAUGAAUUUUGUUUUUGAAGAUUGUUUUCUAAUCAGUAUUUAAGUGACAAAAAUUUCCCUAGUUUCCGAUUUAUUUCUCUAAUUGAAAUGCGUUAAUUGUAUUUAAGGUUCAACCGUCAAAAAGCGUAGUUUUUAUCUCAAGGUGUUAAAUAGAUUUCUAUAUUUGUUAUAAUAACAGCUGUAUGAUUGGUGUAUGUAACCAAUUGCUGUUAUUUUGGA